AUGAUUAACGCGAAUUAUCCAUCGUUCAUACGGUUUCACGAUUGGAAAAAUUGUUUCGCAUACGUUAAAAACACUGCAUCACAUGAAGGGACAUUGGAAUCUUUGGAAAAGGUCUGUUCUGGAUUCAGAUCGCAUGACUGGAGCUCUUCGCUAGGAUAUUUCCGAGUUCGAUGUUGCGGAAAACCACAGCGCUACUUGUAUGUGCAGGUUUUCGGGAGCCUCCCUUUCACGCAUAUAUUCGUGAACAGAAAUCUUGCUACUCUGGCGAAUUUUGAUACCAAUGUAGAGGUUAUUUUGGAACCAAUCAACCCUACAGUUUGUACUUCUCUGGAAAUUGUUCCAGUUUCUGAGCAGGACUACGAAAUCCUCGUAAGUGGCAAGUAG